GCUGUAGUCUCCUACUGGAUAUGUCUAAGUAUUUGCAUCGGCAAGACAAACAAUUGUUUACAUAGCCAUGGCUGCGACGAGAAAGCUACAAGGAGAAAUUGACCGAUGUUUGAAAAAGGUCGCUGAAGGCGUUGAAACCUUUGAAGAUAUCUGGAAAAAAGUACAUAAUGCCACAAAUAGCAACCAAAAGGAAAAGUAUGAAGCCGAUCUCAAGAAGGAAAUUAAAAAACUGCAAAGGUUACGCGAUCAAAUAAAAUCAUGGAUUGCCUCUGCCGAAAUAAAGGAUAAAAGUUCAUUGCUAGAAAAUAGAAGACUAAUUGAAACACAAAUGGAACGUUUCAAAGUUGUAGAACGUGAGACAAAAACUAAAGCCUAUUCUAAAGAAGGUUUGGGUGCUGCACAAAAAAUGGAUCCUGCACAGCGUAUUAAGGACGAGGCCCGAAAUUGGUUGACAAAUUCAAUAAGUUCGUUGCAAAUACAAAUCGAUCAGUAUGAAAGCGAAAUAGAAUCACUGUUAGCAGGCAAGAAAAAACGUUUAGAUCGAGACAAACAGGAUCGUAUGGAUGAAUUGAGAUCGAAAUUGGAUCGUCAUAAAUUCCAUGUAACAAAGUUGGAAACAUUAUUACGUCUCUUGGACAAUGAUAAUGUGGAAGCGGAACAGGUCAAUAAAAUCAAGGAUGAUGUUGAAUACUAUAUUGAUUCAUCACAGGAACCCGACUUUGAGGAAAAUGAAUUCAUUUAUGAUGAUAUUAUUGGAAUCGACGACGUUGAAUAUUCAGGUACAGGUGUCUCACUUGGUAUUCCAUCAUCAGCAACAACAGACAGUAAUAAUAGUAAUGAAACCAGCGGCUCACCAAGCAGUAUAACAUCCGGUGGCAGUCCUGUUCAGUCGCCAUUGCCCACACAACAGCAGCGCGAUCAACAGCAACAACAGCAGGCCUCAAAUACCAGCGGUAGUGGUGGUGGAUCGGCACAUCAGCAAAUCAGUUUGAAUUAUUCAAGUGAUUCAACAGCGGCCGAUGGCACGGCGAAGGAUAAACACAAUAAAAAUGAAAGUAACAACAAUAGCAAAACAAAGCAACCUGUUAAACCAACAGCUGUACGGGCUAACAAUAAGGCAAAUAUUGGGGCAUCAGAUGCUACCACGAAUAAAAUCAUCAGUUCAACACCUAGUAAAAAUCCUCAUCAGCAACAACAACAGCAGCAGCAACAACAUCACCCCACACAACAACAACAGCAGCAACAACAACCAACGGCGGCAGCUGUCGUUGCUGCUUCGGUCAUUGGUAAUCACUCAACAACAAAUAAUUUAAAUACAGCUGGUAGUGGAGGAGCGACAACGUUAGCCGCAGCCGUUGCAGCGGCUGGUGGCCAUAAUAAUCCAUCGGUACAGCAUGCUCCAGCGCCAACGUUACAAGGUAAUCCAACAUUAGCUUCUGUUGCGGCAGCAUCAACAAAUUCCACUAAUGCAACGCAAAUCCAAGGCCAAUCUGUGAUUCAAGCAACACCGACAAUUGCAUUUUCCGCAGUUGCUAAACAUAAUACAUCACAUCUUGAAAAUGGCCCCUUGCUUAGUGGAGCAUCGUAUGCCAUAGUUGGUGGUAGUUCAGGACAGCAACAAUUGACAAAUCUCCAAGCUAAUUCCUCUCAUUUACAAAAUGCAGCCCAUAAUACUUCCAAUAAUUCGGCAGUCGGUAGCAUUGCGAAUGUAGUGCAACAAGGAGCCAAUUCAACAAAUGUUAAUAAUUUGGCAACAUCUGCCGCCAAUUGCAUUUCACCCAAUGGUAUGUCCGGUUUGCAGCAAGUUCUCAACGCACAGCAACAAGUUUUGGGUUUGGCGGGAGCCAACAGUAAUGCACGUGCAUCGCCGGGACUGCUGUCACCGAAACACAUGAAUGGCCUACCGGUGUCAAGUGUUGCAAAUAAUACAAAUUCUGUUGAUGCUAUUUCGCUGAAAACAAUGGCCCAAGAAGCCAUUAAUCGAUCUGUGAUCGAUACAAAUAGCCUUUCGCAGCAGCAGCAACAACAACAGCAAGCGACAAAUAUGGAUACAAGACAACAACAGCAGCAGCAACAACAACAACAGCCACAAGUACUACAACAGCAUUUCUCAACGGAUACAACUGCCAAUUCCCAUCAGCAACAGCAGCAGCAGCAACAACAACAAGGAAAUUCAGCGACAGUUUUGGCCGCAGCAGUUGCUGCUUCAACAAACGGUCCAUCAUCGGUGGUUGGCAGUAACAGUGCUGGUGCGGGUAGUGGUGGCAACUCUGUCGGACCCAUUGGUAGUAAUCUUAAUGCAUCGGCUUUAUCAAAUGCUGCCGGUCAGCAGCCCAUAGGUGCAGGUGCAUCAUCUGCAAAUAACAAUAAACAAUUAUCCCAACAACCAACAAAUGAAGCACACAUACCACCACUGCUUGGUGUAGCACCAUUGGGUCCCUCGCCGCUGCAAAAGGAACAUCAACUACAAUUCCAGAUGAUGGAAGCAGCCUAUUAUCAUUUGCCAACGCCUAGCGAUUCAGAAAAACUGACAACAUAUUUCCAUCGUACACCAGUGCAAACACCGCCGCACUAUCCACAGCAACAACUUCCAAUUUAUGAUACUGUUGAAUUUUAUCAGCGUCUCUCGACAGAAACUCUAUUCUUUGUUUUCUAUUAUAUGGAAGGAUCAAAGGCUCAAUAUUUAGCAGCUAAGGCAUUAAAAAAGCAAAGCUGGCGUUUCCAUACUAAAUAUAUGAUGUGGUUCCAACGACACGAAGAACCCAAAAUUAUUAACGAUGAUUACGAACAAGGUACGUACAUCUAUUUCGACUAUGAAAAAUGGAGUCAACGAAAGAAGGAGGGAUUUACUUUUGAAUACAAGUACUUAGAAGAUAAAGAGUUAAAUUGAUUGUCUUGUAAAUGUUGAAGAGAGCGACACACAACAACAGUAA